GUAAGUGUGUCUUCUGUUCUUGUCGAUUGUGUGUGGGGAUCAGUCGCUCGUCAAAAUGGCUGCUCGUCGUAUUACUGCUUCUUCCUUGGAUUGGGCCGAAUUUGCCAAGAAGAUCCCGCAAGCCCAGAAACCCGCAUUCGUCGCCCUCAAGAACAAGCAGGACAACUAUGUGCGGCAAAUCUCCGCGCUGCCCGAGGCUCUGCCCAAGAUCGAUUUCUCUAGUUACAAGGCCCGAGUGUCCGCAGCCAUGGUGGAUGAUUUCCAGAAGAAGUACGAGUCCUUGAAGAUCCCUUAUCCCAAGGACACGCUCACGUCUUCGAUCGAGUCGCAGGCCGUGGAACAGAAGGCCGAGUACGAGAAGUUUGUGGCCCAAUCCAAGACCCGCAUCCAAGGGAUCAACGAGGAGCUGGCCAAAUGGAAUGCCAUGAUGCCCAUUGAGGAGAUGAACAUGGAGGAGGCUCUCACGUACGUGCCGCACUUGAAUUUGGUGGUCAAUCCGGAGAAGCCCACUUUGUGGCCUCAUGACAAGGACUACGAUGAAUGGCGAAAGAUGGUUGAGAACAUGGAGGAGGAACAUCAUUGAGGUGGCCAUACACGCUUGAUAUUUUAGUCUGGCAGAAGAAAAGAUUCCCUUCAACCAAUAAAUUUGAUCUUAUUUAGUUCACCCAA